GCGAGAGAGAAGAGCGCGAGAUAGAGCGAUCGAGGGGCUGCGAUUCGGAGGGGUGGCAAGGAUUUUCCUCCCCGAGGAGAAGAUUAGGGACUCGUCGCAUUACCAGCAGCAGCCGUGGUACCGAGGUUUUCAUGAUUCUCGUUUGACAAGCAGACAGCAGCCCGCCACCCCGGCACCGGUUAGCUCUAUGACCAUGCUCCAGUCGCAAAAGCUGUACAGCGACGCUGGUAGCCUCGGCGGCGCGAUGACCAGCGCCGCGAUGUCCACGAUGGGCAGCAUGGCGCCGACGUACAGCUCGAUCAACUCGGUGGGAUGCAUGCCGAUGGGUAUGUCGAUGGGCGUCGGAGUCGGGCCGAGCUGCAGCCCCCAAGGCGCCGGCGGGUUCAACAUGAGCACCAUGAGCUCGGCCAUGGGGAUGGCCUCGAUGGGCGGCGGUGGCAUGGGUGGCUACGGGAGCGCGUCGAUGGGCGGCGGAGGCGCGUGCAUGAGCGCCGUCGGGUACGGGCCUCUGACGCCGGGCGGCGGCGCCGGUGUGACCAGGGACCCGCUCUCCCUGGCCGAGCCCGACUCGCCCAACUCGGCCCUCCAGCGGGCCAGGACCGACAAAUCUUAUCGGAGGAGUUACACCCACGCGAAGCCACCCUACUCCUACAUCAGCCUGAUCACGAUGGCGAUCCAGAACGCGCCGACCAAGAUGCUCACCCUGUCCGAGAUUUAUCAGUUCAUCAUGGAUCUGUUCCCGUUCUACAGGCAGAACCAGCAACGCUGGCAAAACUCGAUCAGACAUUCGCUCAGUUUCAACGAUUGUUUCGUGAAAGUGGCGCGGACCCCGGACAAGCCGGGGAAAGGCUCGUUCUGGACCCUCCACCCGGAGAGCGGGAACAUGUUCGAGAACGGGUGCUACCUUCGAAGGCAGAAGAGGUUCAAGGACGAGAAGAAGGAGCUGACCAGGCAGAACAACAAGCACCAGCAGCACCACACGGGGGCGGCGGCGGCGGCGGCCGCGGUCGCCGUCGCGGCCGCGGCCGGCCACAACAGCCCCACCUCGCACGAGCUGGCCCACGCGGCGGCGAAGAAGAGCGCGGCCUCUUCUCUCCACCACGGGCCCCAGCAGCAGGACGACAAGGACCUUCACUCCCUGGUCACCUCCCAUCAUCACCACCACGCGGCGGCGGCGGCCGCGGCGAGCCUCCACCAGCACCACGCCGGGCUGAAGAGCGACGCGGCCGACAUCGGGGGCCUGCUGGGCCCCGACCUCGGCGCCGCGCACGACGAGCUCACCGCGAUGGUCAGCCGCAGCCUCCACCCUCACCUGAUCUCGGAGCCGACCGCCGCCCUGCACCACGGCAUGGCGGGCAGCUUGAAGCAGGAGCCGCCGUACACGGCCGCCAGUCACCCGUUCAGCAUCACGAGGCUGCUGCCCGGCGCGACGGCGGCCACCUCGCCCGGCGCCCAGGACAUCAAGCCGCCCGAGAUGAAGAUGUACGAGCAGUUGCACCAGAGCUACGCCAACUUCGGCUCGCCGCACCACCCGCACGCCCACUCCGCGCCCCCCACCCACCACCAUCACAACGGGAUGCACGCGGCCUCGAACGCGGCGACCCCCAUGCACAACAUGACCAACCACCACCACCAGGAGUAUUACCAGAGCCCGUUGUACCAUCACGCGACCAGCGUGGCGAGUAGCAGCGCGCCCCCGCCGUCCACCGUCGCCACAGCGGCACCGGGCUUGUGACACCACGCUACCCAUCCCUACGCCCUGGCCUGAGUCGCUGCAGCCGCGGCGUACGCCGCCACCAAUCCCUCGACCACCGUCAACUUCGUCCUACCGCCCGCCCAUCACCAUCAUCAUCAUCAUCACCACCAUCAUCUUCUUCAACCGCCUACCUCCUCCUUCGCUUCCUCCUCCUCCUCCUCCUCCUCCUCCUUCUCCUCCUCUUCCUCCUCGUCCUCUUCCUCCUCGUCCUCGUCCUCCUCGUCCUCCUCCUCGUCCAUGUCCUCGUCGUCGUCGUCGUCGUCGUCGUCGUCGUCGUCGUUGUCCUCGUCCUCGUCCGCCUCCUCCUCGUCCUCCUCGUCCAUGUCCUCGUCGCAUCCCGUUGUGUCGCAAUCGACGUCCGUUCGAGCCUCGGCGACGGUUCAACCGCAGCAGCAACAGCAGCAGCAGCAGCAGCAGCAGCAGCAGGGAUCGCAGAAACGUCGGCGGCCGAGGUGCGAGGAGAACGAGGUGGAGGAGGCUUGCUGGCCCGUCGCGCACGAGAACGAUUACGACGAGGAGGAGGAGGAGGAGGAGGAGGAAGAGGACGAGGAGGAUAUGUGAGACGACGAUGUGAGAAGAGGAAGAUGGUCGGGGGUGAUGGUCGUGGGAAUCGGUGAGAACCGCGCGGCUGGAUCUUCGUUUCGGUCGUUGUCGAGAAGGUGAGAGGGGACGGUGAGAGGUGUGCGGGUGCAACGAGAGCGUCUCGACGACUCGGCCACUGGAGGAACACGGGAUCGGGAGGCGAACGAGUUUGGGCAGGAACGUGGCAACGUUGCAGCGCAGCAAUAACAAGCACGCAGCGAAGGUGUAUCUAAGAGAGGAACGGUUUCAUCGGGAAAAAAGUUCAUCAGAGGCGGAUUGAUGUCGAAGAAGGACUCGUUUGCCGAUCGAGCGGACCGACAUGGAGGACACGCCGCCAUUUUACGAGACGAGAGGAGACGAGAAACUUGGAGGGAACCUCGAUUUUCGACCGCUUCGAAUUUUUCGCGGAAUCGUGGCGAAAGGAUCGAUCGGAGGAGGACUCGAUAGAUGCGUGGCGACGAGGGGAGGCAGUACAAGAAGGCGUGUAUCGAUAUUUUCCCAAUGCCCCGACAUUCAAGGGGCGAAAUAAUGCGGCUUACCGCGGCAGAGGGGAGGGGGGGAUGUUUUUAAAGCCAACAAAUAGAGCGGAGGCCUCUCUAAAUAUGCUCUGGAAUCAGGAGAAUCCCGAUCGCGAGUCGUGCAACCCUUGCUCGAAAUCCAUCAGUCGAGGGAACGAUUUGGUGGAAAAAGUGGUACACGAAUAAAUAUCAUACGAUACAUCUUCAUUUUUCGCCUCUCUACUGUUUAUUUUUCGUGUAACGAUUAACGGAUAAAAUCCCCCCGAUGGAAAUGUACGUAGAACGAAGGAGGGAGGAAAAUUUGGGAACAAGAUAUAUUGUGAAGCAGAAACGCUGGAAUCCUCUUUUCGCGUUCACCGUAAUUAUUUUCGAACGACAAAUUAAAUCGAAGUGAGUUUUACUCGCAAGUUGGGGUGAUUAAAUUUCCCCCCCUCCCCCCUAAUCACUCCGACGAAGCUUGACGUUGACGUUCAAAGAGCGCGAUCGAAGCAGGGAGUAUAAAACAACGAGUAUCUUUAUUUAAAGGAUGACCUUCCGUUUUUAACAAACAGCAACGCGAUUAGAUACAAGUCCCUGCAUAAUCGUUCUUUACCUAAGGAGAUAAAGUGUUUCGUACAUUUGUAUGUUUUACAUAUCUGUUUAAAAACGAAAUGGCGUAAUCUCGAAGCGAGAUAUCGAAGAUUAAUUAUAGCAAAAUUGUGUUUCGACGAUAACUUUGGUUGUUGCAAACAAAGCCAAGAUUUCUCGUUUCUUUUUUUCUCGUCCCUAUCUUUUCCACGGUAAGUAAAUUUUUUCUUGGGCAACCCAAGGAGACACGGUUUUUCCAGAUCGCCAUUUUAAUCAUCUCGAUUUUAAUAAUUGUGAACCGUGUAUGGUUAAUGUUCGGUAAAUAAAUAUUUAAUGAGAAAAACAGGCGGAGCCGAGAUAUAUAUAUAAUUUUACGAAGGAAAAGAGAGACUCGCGAUUAAAUGCACGACAAAUAUUAUAACAUAUUAAGUGUACGAUUAAAUAUUUAAACGUUUAAGAUUCGAGUUUGAAGUGUCAAUAAGGAACGAGUAUUGACAUCCGUGUUUGAAGGAAGAAACAAUCCGAGAAUAAUCCUGAACACCGCCGAAUACCUCCCACCUCCGUUGCUCGAUACUCAAGAAGAUCAAACCUCUUUUGCCAAUUGCGAAAUAAUUUUAAAAUUACACACGAGAAGGAAAAAGAAUAUAACCUUAUAAUUCUCGAUCAAAUAUUUAUCAAAGAAAUAUAACAAAUAUUAAAGUUCUAUAAGUAAAAUAUUAAAGUUGGGAAAACAGUAGGAUCGCUAUUAUUUAUCAAUAAUAACGCGUCAAACACCCUUGAAAAAAUACAAUCUUUAAACAUCCUGUUGUGUACCCAUUACCAAUCGCGUGGAUGUAAUUUCAAACUGAUUUCAAAAUUACACCGGUCGAGAGAAGGAAACUCUCGCGUAUUCCUCGAUCAAACGUCGGGAACAAGAACGAAGGAAGAGGGCGAAAGAAAAUAAUCGAUCGAUCGAACGGUUGCAUUAUCCGUCCAACUCCGCGUGUAAUAACGUUGGAAGUGCGAAUUUUGAACUCAGUGGAGAGGAGAGUGGGGGGGGACGGAGUCGAAAUUCGUUGGCGUCCGUUGGACUAGGUGGCGUUGGACGACGUCGUCAGGGCGCGCACCGAGCGGCCAAAAUAUUUAACCUACGAUUAACCACUCCUCUCGUACACAAAAUGAUUCAAGAAUCAAAUACCAAGAGUCAACCGUGGGGUAGACUGAGUACAUAUUGUACCCGAACGCUAUCGCCUGCCGUCCUACGUGGAUACGGAUACGCGUACUUCGCUUCUCCUCUCCGUGUGUUGUGUGUGCGUUGUGCGUACACGUGUGUGCUGCGUGCGUGCUCUGCACGCGUAUAACGACGGUGUAUAAUGGCAGACGUACACGUAGGAACGCGCAAACAGUGGGAGAGGACACGGCGAGCGAAAAAGAAUUGGACGAUAAUUAUAAUUUCUCCUCUCGAUUCUCGCCUCGAGAACGCAUCCGUCAAACUGGAAUCGUUGCACAGUGAGCGUAAUAAAUUAAAUCGAUCGUUAAAUUGCGAAUCGAGUGUAUAUCGGAGGGAAACGGAAAUAUCGCGAAAAAACGAGCGGCGAGAGAGAAAAGUCGGAGAGAAUCGAAAUCGUCGCUGUCGUCGAGCGAGGCGACUAACACCCUUUGUUUCGUGCGUGGCUGCGUUUCCUUUUCUCUUUUCUCCCGUCCGUUCCGCUUCGUACGCGAUGCGUGCGCGUACGUAUCCACACACGCACACGUGCACGACGCGGCGUUGGAGGAAGAGGAAGAGGAGGAGGAGGAGGAGAAAAGAGAGGGAGAAAGAGAGCGUCGACAGAGAUGCUGCUGACAUUGCUUGAACAUAUUUGAGUUGCUCCGCUCAUGACCAAAUAUUUAUUUAUUUGCUCGGUAAUACACAUUUGUAUUAACCGCGUAGCACGAUUCAAGGCACGUUCAUUCAGAUUUCUCUGGCAAAUUUUGCGCGACCCGUUGCGCGACUAAUUAGCGACGCCCUCCCCUCCCCUCUCCCUCGCCCCUCACUCCCAUUGCUCGCUUAUUAACCCUAAAAACCGGCCACUCUCCCCACCUCCCCUCCCCUCCGUUCUUUUAUUUCAGUUCGCUCCUACGGCGUCCUGUUUACGCGCGUGUCCCUCUCCCCACCUUUUCAAGUAAAAUAUCGCUGGAACAGGAUCGCGAGUUCGAAGCUCUCUGAUCGCGAGAUCGAUCGGCUUACGAAUCGGUGGAAAAAAAUGAGUAGUUAAGCGAGCAGUGAGGAUCACGUUUAUCGGUUAUCGAUUUACGGUGUCGGUGUACGACGGAAUUUAUUUCGAGUUCUUGGCCUAUUACGGGGAAUCGGAUAUAUAUUAUUUUGAAUAAUAUUUGAUCCGUCGUUUAUAUUACGCCGAGUGUUAUAUUCUUGACACGCGAUACGCGGUUUAAUAAACGGUUCCAAUUCCCUCUCUGUCCCCCCGAAUCCGUAAUCCGUCCCGAAUUUAACGAAACACUUAUCGAUCUAUCGUUUCGACGCGCCCGUCUCUCUGCAACGUUACGCCGAAAAGUAUGUUCGCGCUAACGACAAGCAAACAGAAGCGUGCGCGCGUGUAAUACGUGUGCGUGUUCGAUUCUCGCGCGUAGUCGGACAAAUCCACCUGCCUACCUCGUCUAUCGUCGUUUUUCAAUUUUUCUCUUCCUUCUUCUUCUCGCCCGUUUUCGGCCAGCGAACGAAAUUCUCUUGUGAAUUCCUCCCUGUUUUCCUUAAAUUAUCGAGCUCUUGGAGAAAUAUUCGAGGAGAAUAUCCCCGGGACGAAUUGACGAUCGGUUGGGUGGAUAGAAUUGGCGAUCGAAAAACUCGCGAAACGCGGUAUUUACACGCAGGCACGGCGGCCGAUAAUGGGUCCUCGACCCCCUUCAGAUAAAAAAGAGUACAUCAUCUUACUCGCGGCUAAUCGUCGCGAGAUAGUUUUCAUCGAUAAUUAAUCGGUGGAGAGGGGAGGGAGGGGGCUGGAAGGGGAGGAAAGAAGAAAAAAGGGAAAAAAGCGGUCUGUUUGCGUCCGACCUACAUUACAUUGCGAUAAUAACGCUCUUACGUGACUGCCAGUUGCGAAGAGCUGCAAUCGUUUUCAGAUCGAUGAGAACGAUAAUAUUUGGCUGAACUCGGGACAAAGGGGGGGUUUUUCCUUUCACUCCUUUCCAUUUCCUUUCGAUCGGUUGCACGACUCGCGAUUCACUCGCCCAAAACAUUUUUAUCCCAUCCACGUUCCGAUAAAUUACAACGGACGAGUGGAGUCGACGGACUGCGUUGACGGACGGAAAGGAUGGAGGGAAAAUGGAGAGAAAGAAAAGAUAGGACGAGGAGGAAGGCGAUAGGAUCGGGUUGGAUCGGGAAAAAUUGUGAAAAUCCGGAAAACGAAAUAGGGGAGGGGGAGAUGUAAAGGGAGCUUGGGUGAGCGGGGCGAGAGGAGAGCGUGAAUCGCGGGGGCGCGUGCAAAUCCGCCACCCCCGACCCAAUGGACGGACAAAGGGAGGCGCGACGAUAUGUACAAACGAGCGGGACCGUGUCGAAUCCAGGAAGCGAGGCGAGAAUUUCCGAGGAAACAUUCGGAAAUCGUGGAACGCGUUUCUAGCCGCCGUUCCGGAAACGUGAUUUCAACCAAAUUCUUUCUUUCCACCAAUUCCUCCUCCUCCUCCUCCUCCUCUGCCACUCGGUUUUCCCUUCCCUUGGCAAAUACUCGAAGGCCUGUUUAGAAGAGGCGCGCGGAGAAGGGGGAGAGGGAAGAAAGAAUUUUGUUUUCUUUGUUCCUUUCGACUCGAAGGGGGAUCACCCAAUUCACGCAAUUACGAAGCGAAGCGACGUUUAACGAGACACGAUUUCGAUUAUGUGUCGAGUUGGCAACGAUCUUGGCCGGUAAGUAAUUCGAGAUUAACUUUAAUUAGAGAGCAUUUGCGAUCAGCAUUUUAAAGGGGGACGUGGAUGCUCGUUCAAGCGGCGAGAAUACGAAAUUUAUUAACAUCCGUUCCUGGGCCGAGAGGGAGGAGGAGGAGGAGGAGGAGGAGGACAAUUAACGUGACGCGGAACACUUGUGCAAACCGCGUGUCUUUCUCGAUGCGGCGAACGCGUGAUCGAUGGAUCGGCCAUGAAUUUCUCGAGUAAAGGUAGAGGAUCGGUCGUAAAUGGACGGGCGAUUUCUUUGCAUUCGCGUUUUUGUUCCGCCUCGCGAGCAGUUUAUUCUCUCGCUGUUCACGAAUUCUCUUAUCUUUGCGAAACGGUAUUAUUAAGAUUAUUUACCGUUGAAAAUGAUUAAUUUAAGAGACAUUGUAAUUUCCAUUUUGUCAGAUUUCUAGAUAGGGAAGAGAUAUAAACGAGACGGUGUUAGAUAUUUUUCUUUUCGUCGUCGUAGGUUUUUCGAUCGACUUAACGCCAAUAAAAUAUUUACAUAGAUUUUUAUUCUCCUUCCUGUACGAAAUCGUUGAAUGGGAACGAUGGCCAACGAAUCCGCGCGGCGGAUUCUAGCUGAAUAAUCUGUUCAUCGACGAAGAAAAAGUAAUAAAAUUCUACUUAUCCCACGUACAAACACGCACUCGUUUCUCUAAACGUACCAGCCUUACUGACGAUAUCUAUCCAAUCUUUUCAGCUACGCAUAUCCCACCCCAUAAAUACAUUGGCUGAUAACGCUUGACUACGUUCCAUCCACGAUAAGAUACACGACUAAGAGAAGAAACGUUCGUGCGACUUUUGUGAAGAGAAAAAUAUACAUACUUAUAUAUAUAUAAGAGAGAGGUAAAAAACGAACAUUUCAACAGACGAGGAAACGAAGAUCGGCGUAAAUAUGAAAGAAUAUGUCGUAGUUGAUAAUGUUCCAGGUGGAGAAAAAACUUCCAAUUCAUCUAUCGGGAGAUUAAACGAAACUAAAAAUAAUCUCAUUCUUCGAAACGGAGACGUCUUCGAGCGGAUCGGAUAUUGCGCGCAAUUUGACGCGUAAUUUAAAAAUUGGCGACGCCUGAAAUCCCAUUUUUUCUUUCUUUCAAUCGAAUGGAAGAAAGAUAUCGUCGUGAACGAAUUCGUGCUCCAUCGUUCGAAAGGAGGGGGCAGAAUCGAAGAAAAGUAUCGAUCGGACAUUAAACGCUUAAAAAUGUUAAUUCCAUUCGAUUCGGGAUGGAAGGGAAGUAAAAAGUAUCGAUCGAUGGUUGAUCGCGCGAGAAACGGAGGAGGAGGAGGAGGAUUUGAACGUGCGAUUUGACGAGACGCGUCGCGUUUUUCGAGGACGGGUGGGACAAUGAGGCGGGAGCGCGUGACUGUAAUUAAGUUGGUGGUGAUUAAUAGCGACGGGGCAACGGGGCGCUCGUUCGCUCAUGGUUGCUGCAUUAAUUUACAACUCUGUUUAAGGCCGGAGCCGAAGCGGCGAGCGCACCGGUCCGCCAUAAUUUUCUGUCGAGCUACGCCACUGUUUACACACCUGAUAAAGUAUAUACUUUUUGCCCCGACAUAAUCGUCCGCGCCUCCGACCAUUUCCUAUCGCGAUCGAUUCCUACUCCACCGAUCCUUCCAACGGGGUGGUGUCCGCCGCGAUUAUGAUACCCGAUUUCCGCUCUAUCGAUCACCGUGUAAAAAUAAAAACUCCAGGAGGAACAAUCUUCUUUUCCUUCUUCCUCCUCCUCCUCCUCUCCUUUUUUCUCUCUACAGGAAAAGGUAUAUAUAAAUUUCACGCCAAAUUAAACGUUAAACGGCGUAACAGCGUGCUAUAAUUUAUCUUACCUCUUAGGAGGAACUAAAGUUGCGAUAAUUGGCUAAACAAAUUAGCGUAUUUUUUUUUUUUAUUUAUCCUACGAAUCUCCGUUCUCCUGCACUUACAUCAUUUACACGCUUCGACGUGUCAAAAGUCACUCCGCUCGCUUAAUCGUUAUCUAAAACAAGUGGCCGAGGUACUAAAGAAUUCGCUAAAAAAAAAAAAAGAGUCGAAUUUCGAGCCUCGUCUCUGCCCGAUAAUUCUAUUUUCAAUCGGAUACGUUUUGUCAAAUCCCUUUAAUCCCUCGCUCCGGCGAAUCGAGUACGAAUUAAAAAGAAACCGGUCCUCCCAUCAGUCGAGUAUAAUCGCGACGUUAAUGGGCACCGAUAUCCGGAAGAAACGACGUCCCUCCGAGCGGAAGCGAGAAAGAGAUAGGCAAAUGUAUAUAUAUAGAGAGAGAGAGGGAGAGAGAAUCGGUUUCCCCGUCGCUUCUAAUCAGAUCAGGCAAAGGCUGCAACAUCCGGCGACGGACUGCUUAAUUAAUUGUAUCAACCUGGGCGCCCAGGGCCAACGAGGUGGACAUGAUCCGACUAACGAGGCAAAUUCUUAAAUGAACGCGCCCCCCUCCCUCGCUCCCCACCCACCCACCUGUCAUUAUCUCCGGAGAAUCGGCUCGAUCCGCUUUCUUAAUUCUCCUAUUAUACCCGCGUCUCGUCCCUUUUUCCAGACGAUAAUCCUCUCCGAUCGAUCUCUGAUCAUUUGGCGCACGACCGAUCGAAACGAUCAUGGGCAUUGCGAAGAAGAAACCCGGACGAUUCGUUGCGUCGUUGAAGGAAGGUGUUGGAGAUGUUGAUGAAUCAUCGAGGUAUGAGACGGGCCCGGCGGUGCCAUGCAAUUUUUCCGGGAAAAUAGUUAUCUGCUCGUUAAGACGCGCACGUCUUAUCGUCUCGCGCGAACCAAAAGAGUCAACAAGCGUGUUUCUCCACCUCUUCUCGAGGAGGAGGAGGAUGAAAAAUACGGACGUGAGAAAGCGUACUCGGCCGAUGUCUACUAGCCUCUCUCUCUCUCCUCUCUCUCUCUCUCUCUCCUCGUCUCGAUUACGAGGGGUCAAUAAAAAUCGCGCGGGAACAACGAAAAAGAUUCGAUCGAUGAUUCGCCUUUGUCGGCAUCGAGGAUGCAUACUGUUUCGAAUGUACCGAUGCGGGACAAAUUGUUAAUUUUGCAAUGUGUUCCGCGAUUUGUGCCACCCGGUCGUUCCCUCCGCGAGAAGAAUCGCGGACUAUACGAGGCCGUCAAAUUAGAACUGGUCUUGAAAUUUUAUUUAUAUCCGUUAUUGGAAACGAUGUGUCGAAACGAGAUGAGAAAGAGAGAAAGGAAGGAAGGAAGGAAGGAAGGAAGAUGAACGAAAGGAGAGAAGGAAAUAUAAUUCGAUCGCCGAUUCUUUUUCUCCUUUCGAAGAAUCGAUACGGAGGAUCGUCGGUUUUCGAAGAAACGACUCGAGAUUCGAGAUCCGCGGUAAGUGGUACGAGUAAGAUUUUUAAGGGGAAGGGGGGCCGGUGUGGAACGUUCGGUUUCUAGAAAGUCGGCUUUUACGAGGCGUUGAAUGGCCCCGUAAUUAAAUCUUCUCCGUGAAGGAUGAGCUUCGUUCAGAGCCCAUCUCUCCUCUAUGUAUCCCUCUUCUGUAUCCUUGCUCUUCGACCGUUCGUGCGAACGAUCGUGCCGCGCGUUGCCGUCUCGUCUCCGAAAAGAUCACGUUUCCUUCCGAUUUUUCCACCAUCGGAACAUUUCGCCUCUGUCUCUCGUCUAAUCUGCGCGAUAAGUACGCUCUCUUUAUCUAAUAAUAUACAUACGUGCAUACAUACACACAUAUAUAUAUAUAUAUAUGGAAUGUAAAUAAACAAAUUGGAAAUACAAACAAACAAACUGGGAUAGUAAAUAAACAAAGGAGGGGGAGGGGGAGAGUGUAAACAAACAAAUUUAAAUCGUACAAACAAAUCGGAUUUUCACGGUAUUACCCAUCCCUCCGCUAUAUUCGCGGUGUUAUUAGCAAAUAUUUUAAUGCUUCUCCAAGUUUCUGGAAUUUGGGCGGGCAGGGGUCGAAAUAGAAGAAGGAAGAAGAGAGAAAUGAAGCGGGUAAUCGCGGAGGAGGUAUCGAUGGGGAUAAUCGGCGAUUUCUUUCGCGUUUUCCAUCGCGAACGAAGCGGAGCCACGAGGCAAAGUUCACGAGAUCCAGAGGGCAGGCAAUUACACGGGUUUACGAUCGAUUUUCCGGCCAAGUAAUGAAUUUUUUACGACGCACCGCACCGAAGAAGAUCAGUCCGAUCGUUCAUCCGUGGGCGACAAAGGCCGUGUCCGAUCGGCCAACCCAUCGGUUCGAAUCGAAUCCGAAUUUUCUGCGUGCCAUUCAAGUCAAAAGUCCGCUGUACGAAUUAGAAAUAGAACAUAAUUUUAUCUCGUUAAAUCGCCGUUUUCGAACACCGUUUCACGGGGAGGGAAAGAUGAAAGGAAAUUAAAUUUUUCACUCGAUGCAAACGUGUAUGUACUUCCAUUUCUUCUUUUGGACGAAUCAUGGAGAAUUACAUCGACAUCGAGUACUAUUAGCGCUGUUCCAUGAUAAAGCCUAAUCGAUAAUCGUUGCCCGACACAUCGUUCACCGUACGUUUACGCUUAUCCAACAAUUUUCGAUCGAUCGAUUUCGAAUUAUAUUCUCGCGGGAGGAAAUUGGACGGAGUCCUUGUUUAAGAUCGCAACGUCCUGCGAAGGGGGGAGUGGAAGAAGAAGGCGAGAGCAAAAAAGGGGAAGCAGCAGUUUGCCCGACGCUGACUUUUUCAGUCUCAGUGUCAACCCUCCCGGUUGUUUCGCCCUGCAACACACUCGUACACACAUUCCUCUUAAAACACCACUCUUUCCCUCUCCCCUCCCCCCCUCUCUCUCUCUCUCUCCACUCACAGAUUCAUCACGAAUCGUCCAAUCUUUCCAAACCUUUCUUCGUCCCUUAGGCUUAUAGGAUUUUGUUGGAAAAAAAAAAGAAAGAAAGAGAACGCGUCGAGAGACUCGAGUCGAGAAACCUGGCACAACCUGUCGUGCGAGGAAUGGGAGAAAUGCGGGCGAAUAAAAGUGCGGGUUUUUAUACGCGAUCGUUAUCGACGGCUUGAUUUGGCCGGGGGUUAAUUGCGAUAAAAGGAGGCGGUUAGGGGGAGGGGAGGGGGUGGCGACAUAUGCUCUCCCCGGGGUUAAAUAAUCCGGCCGUGACUGGCCGGAUACACACGCUGAGCUCGACGUGACGAGCUUUCGUGCGGCUCGUAAAAACGCUUGACACGCUACGCCCACGCAAGCUGCACGCUCUCUCACCAUAUGUCCAACGAUUCGCGACUGAUUCGAUCGGCACGAGCCGAACCCGCGCCGAGGAAACCCGCCGAUGCCUGUUUUCCUUUUUCUCCUCUCCUCCUCUCCUCUUUCUUCCACGAUCAUUACCUUUCACUUUUCCUUUUUCCUCGGGGAUCGCGCGGUGAUCUUUCUUUUUCGAGGAAGGUAAAUAAUCGAGGCGUGGAAGAAAGAAAGAAACGAGUAAAUGGGAAAAUGAGAAAUAUAUAUAUAUAUUACGAUACGAGUCGAUGCCCGGAGUCGAUAAGAACGCGUGUUCUUCCCAUCGGCGUAAACGGCGCGCUUUGGUAAACGUUGGAAGGGACAGAAAAUCCCGUGGCCCGGCCGAGCUGCACGCAAGUUUCAGUGCUUUCGAGCAGUUAUGGAGGGCGCAUGCCUGCAUAUUUCAUGAGCAAACAGACUUCAACCCCCGUGGCAUGCGCUCCAACUAUCCCCCCUCUCCCGCGCUCGGUCUAGCUUUCGUCAAGAACCAGCCGAGUUCCGAGCCUGAGCCUGAGCCUGCACAGCCCGUAGCCUGAGCUUCCACGGCCCCUUUCGCCUCCCCCCUCUCGGCCCCCGCUUCGAAAAGACUCGGCCGGGAGGAGAGCGCGCGGGGGCCGAAUUAUUAACGAACUUCCGCCUGGUCAACUUCCCUCCUCCACCUUUUCCGCUUCUCCUUCCGCUUUCUCUCCCCUCUUCCUUCGCCUUCGAGUUUCGAUCCGAUCGAUAUUUUUCGAACGAGGGAAAAAUCGCGAGGAAGACGAAGGCAAGGAACUUUGCGCGUGGGAAAUCGGCAGACGCAAAAAUCGGGUGUUUUUCAUUUCAGGCGCCUCGCGCGUUCUUAUCAAUCGGAUCGGUGGAUGUCCGAUAAUAAAUCGCGACGCGUGUUUCUUCUCCUCCUCCUCUCUAUUUUCCUCCUUUUUCGUUCUCGAACGAAAGAACGAAGGGAGGAAUGGAGGAGAAAGAAACGAUGGGGAUUAGAUGGAUGGAGAGUUUGUUAUACAAUAAUAAAGGGGAGGAUGUAAAUUUAAUAGGAGAGGGAUUUUCGAUCGCGAGAGAAUUCUUCGACCGAUAUCUUUAAUCGAUCGAUCGAUAAAAAUAUGGUUAUCGGUUGAGAAGCUCGAGAGGAGAGAAAGAAAAAUAUGUAUAGCGUGUAAUUUGCAGCCUCGAGUAUUAUUUAAGUAAAAUAUUUGAAGAAUGAUAAUUCGAACAAUAUAUCACCGGUUAUCUUCGAAUAAUCGUCGUCGUUACUUUCUUUUUCAUCUCUCUCUCUCUCUCUUCGAUUAAAAAAGAAAGAAAAGAUAUUCGACGUUCCUCCGAAUAUCCUUCCUCGCCCCCUCUUCUCCUUUCUUUCUUCCCUCUCCUCUCAUCGAAACCCUCGACAUCGCGAGGAGGGAAUUAAUUUCAAUUAGAUUAUCGCGAGUGGAGAAAUAAAAUCACGGGCGAACAAUGGCCCGUAUCAUUGCUCUCUCGAGCCGCAACAAUGCGAACAAUGGGAGGGGGGAGGGUCACGUGGCGGCCGGUUAAUAUCGGCGCCGAUAAAGGAGCGGAGGCGAUGUUUUUGCGCCACGCGACCGACCACCCCCUGUCAAAACAUUCGGGCUAUCGCCAGGCUGGAUGAUAUUCAAGCAACGGGGUAAAACCUGCCCCCCUCUGCUUUCUUUCUCUCCUCCUGCUCGCUCGCACGCGUACGUGGACCACGUGGAAAAUCGGGUGCUGUGAGAACCGAACGGAGAAGAAGCUUCGACCUGCGCCGCGACCUUUAGUCCUUUCGGUUCCUUUCACGAUGGACGCGAGAGGAGAUGGAAGUGGGACGAGAGCUGGAGAACACGGGAGAGAGAGAGAGAGAGAGAUGACCGAUCGAAAGUUAGAAAUCUCGAUUAGGAGUUGGAAUUGCAAGUGAACGGUUGAAAGUCGAAAGUCAAUUAGAAAACGCGCGACAGCUUUCACGCAGAGAGGAGGUAUCGAAAGCUGCGAUUGAUACGGCUGUGAAGGUAAAAAGGAAAGAAGAGGGGAAGAGGAAGGAGGAGAGGAAGAAGGAGAAGAGGAAAGGUAGAAAAGAUCCUCUCCUUUCGUCUCUUUCGAAACGAGGUGUCACGUGCCGGUGAUUUCUCGGCAGAGAAAACCGCCUCUCCUCGAGACUCUCUCUCUCUCUCUCUCCGCUGCUCUCCGCACGAUGGCUGGCACGGUUUCCCACGAUCGGGCCGGCCGUCUAUUUAAAAAGCGAUUCGCCUUGGAGCGUCGGAGAAGUUAAUCGCGACGCUGGUACUAGCCGAUGUAAACUACCUCUCGAUGAUACUUCUAAGUCCAUCGACGUCCGACCAAUUCCCCGAAGCGAUGGGACGCGCAUCCCCUGCGUUGCGUCAAUUUCCCAUGCGCUCCGCUCCUCUUCCUUCUCCACAGCGCCUACACGCGCCUCUUCUCCCCUCCGCAAGAAACCCCAAAAUUUCCCAAACGUUUCCCUCUCUCCGUCGAAAGGAAGAGGAGGACGAGAAAGCGUUUUAAUUUCCUAUGCGUUUCCUUUUCUCCAAUCCACGAUUCAAUUCCUAAUUUUCCCCUCCGUCGAAUCUAACGCGAACAUACGAGUCGAAAGGAAGAAGAGGAUAAGAAAAUGGAAAGAGAGAAUAAGAAAGAGCGUUCUUUUACUUUCCUGUCCUACUUAAUAGGAAUACGAAGAGGAAGAAGAGGAAACGCGCGGUUCUUUUUCUUGUUCGAGGGAAAAGACGGAAUUUUACUCGACGAGGGGGUCGAUUAUGACGAGGGCGGGACGAACGGUUGGAGCUCUCCCCGGUUGACAGAACAAACAGGUGAUGGUUCCAGCGAUCGUAAGACUGGUAAACAUAUAUGCCGGCCCGCCGCAGCGCGUUACCAAGCAAACAGACAGCAUCAAAAUGCAUUAGCCGAUUCUGAUAAUUCCGAUUUACGAUGCGCUUAUGGCCGCUAAUUGUCUGAUUUAUCGGCGAUGUCGCGCUAAUGCGAUUAACGAGCCGUUAUACCACGAGGAUUCGUUGCUUCGUUCCACGUCCAUCGUUUGCCCGUCCAACUCGAAUUCGAAAGGAAAAAGUACAAGUCUCUCCCUUCCGAUACAAUCCCUCCACUCGUUAUUACCUUUUAAUCGAUUUACGCAACGUCGAACCGUAACUCUGCAUUUAUUCGCGUUUUAUAUCCCUCCCCCCCCCUCUCCCAACCCGUUUUACCGUUUCGCGGCGAUCUUACGACACUCGAACGCUCCCCGAGAAAAGGCGAGGAAAGUGAAAUUGGAGAAGCGAAUGAUCGAUUCCUGCAAAUAUUUUAUCCCUGAAAGUGUAUAAAAGUCCUCGUAUUUAUACAUUCCGCCGAUGUAUAUUUUGUACAUAUUUACACUAUGGCCGGAGUAUUUGCACGAAAACGGUUAUACGGGAGGAGGAUUCUUUAAAUAUUAAAAGAAUAUUUGCGGCCAUAAAUCGUCGCGUGGUUACAAUUGGGGAGGGGAGGGGGGAAUAAUAUAACGCGAUCUUUAUUAUUCCUAAUCGUCGGCCGAUGGUCGACCCCCCCUCCACCGCGAUUCAUAUUUUGAAUCAACAGGGAAACUGUGCUCUUAAGCGAGAGGCAAAUAUACGCAACGUGUACACAACGACAAUGCCCGCCCGCUUCUGUUCGAAAUAUUCUUCUCCUUUCCUCGACUUGCACCGUUUUCACCGGUCGUCAAUUGCAUCACCGAUCCUCAACCGCUGCGAGACUACGAGCUUUCGAGAACGGAGAGCUUACUCCCAACCAAGAAUCCGCUUCUCUCCGUCCCUCUGUGGAGCGGAAAGGGGCGAAGGAAAUAGCGAAGGAAAGGGGUUGGGACAAACGAAUCGACCCCUCGAGCGGAGAGGAGGGCACGGCGCCCAGCUGUGGCCCCGUGGUGUCUCGUGCGUUGCGUACAAAGUUUACCACGAGGGGGUGGUUUGACGGCGCUACCCCACGCUGGGCCGCUUGCCACCUGUUCCGCCGCCUCCUAGAAAGGGGAUUUGCGAGGCGACGAAACAAUAGGCGAGGCACUCGAUUACACGAGGCUCUCGAAACGGGGAUCCGGAUCCCCUUCCUCGAUCGAUUAGAUAGAAAAAGUCGGCGAGACGGAGUUCUAUCGGAUUCAAACUCUCGCGGUCGUUGAAUUAUCGCGCAGUUGCAGGUGUCUGGACGCGCGGCAUCGGGGGCGAAGGCAUUUAAUCUCCGUUUCAUUUUCGUAAAGGAGUCGGAGGACCGAAUUGAAUCCCGGGCGGCCAUUGUCAAUUCAAUUCGCCGUUCCACCGUUCCUUCCUGUUUGACGUUAUACCUCCACUUGUAUCGGAUUACACGCCAUCGCGGAAUAUUACGUCUCGGCCAAUUAUCUGUUUAUCGAUACUCGCAGCCUUCCGGAAGAUCGAUCGAUCCCUCCUCGACCCACGCCUUUGUGUGAAUUUGAUAUACGCUAAGAGCCUGGAUAUAAUUAAACCGAUGGAACACCACUUUUCUUUUCUUCCUUUUUCUUUUUUCCCCCUUCUCGAAAAUUUGCAAAGAACCGGCGGGACUCGUUCCCGUCAUAAUUCGACAGCCGGGUUGUCGAAUAUCGGAACAACUUUGUAUCGAUAUUCAUCGACAGGCGAGGCGAUACCGAAUUAAUAGUUUGUACAUACGUUGUAAAUCGAGGCUCUGUGUUUCGAGCGUACUCAAGGGAACGCCUAUUGAAACUCGAUAAAAUAACGUCGUAUAUCGCCAAUAGGCCGAACAAUUUGAUCGUCGUAUUUUGUUUGGCGAAUGUGUUGACAGAUUUGUCAUUUCGCCCGCGAAUUUAUUCCGCCGCGAUCAAUUUUGAAACCGAGCGGCCAACUUGGCUGCCCAAUUUUCAAACUCCCCUCUUCCCGUUCCGUUCCUGCAUUUAAGAAAUUUUGAUGAAUUCGCACGGAAAAUGCGAAUUCUAGCAAUCUAGUGUAAAUCGAAAAUUAACGAUUAACAGCAACUUGUCACCUCCUCCCCUCUUUCUUCUUCUUCUUCUUCUUCUUCUUACGCGACCAAGCAGAGAUUAUAAAUUCAAAUCAUUCGAACGGGUACAAAUUAUGCAUAGCUCGUCGAUAAAUACCUCCACCCCCUCCUAAUUUAGAUAAAUCGAUGCUCGAUUUAAAGGGAAGGAGUACCCUCUCUGCCUUCAUCUUCGGUGACAAACGAGCGGGAAACGGUGUUCGUCCAAGCAGCAUAAGUGGUGAAAUCAAAGGGGAAGAAGAGUAAGAAAAAGGAGAGGAGGAGAGUGGAAUCGGCGCGUGGCGCGUCCACCCGGUUCCGCGCCAUCUUUCGCGACUACGGCCAACGCAUCGUAUUCCCGUUCGGUGGAAUUUUUCGUCACGGCGACACCUCGAUCAAUAUUUGCGCAGCCGGGAGUGGAGACCACGUCACGCUCGACCUUCCGCGGCCAUAUGCGAAUAUACACGCGGCUGCAUACGCGCGUGUACCAUCGCGUACGCGCUCCGUUAUGCACCUUCCCUCCACUCGUCUCCGACGUUUUCGCCGCGAGUCGAGCUCUUCCUAUCCAGCCGACCGCUGUCCAUUCGUCGCACGAGAGAGAGAGAGAGAGAGAGAGGCGUUGGAAGAUUCGGAGACGUGGUUUCUAAUUCGACCGUUUCGAAAGAUUACUGCGAUCGAUGAGGAGAGGGGAUCCGCAAACGUGGACAAUGGGAUAACGAGAGACGCGCGAGCGGAAGAUACACGGCUCGGUUUAUUUUCUCUGGUGAAAUAAUGCACACACCGGGCGGAGGAGGAGCGGGUGAAAUAUAUCGGGUCAACGAUAUUAUACACGCUCGGAGGGAAAUUUUCGUUCGCAGAAGCGAUUACGAAGUGGAUCAAACAUUGGAGCAACGUUAUUUGCAUAAUGGGAUCGCCGAUACGAUCGGGACGAAAUAAUUAUAAUUAAUUAUUAUUAUAUUUAUUUGUCAAUAAGCGAUAAUUAUUAAAAUUUCGUAGGAUUCGCGUAUUUCGAUGAAUUUUUCGAGGUUCGGGGAUCGCGUAUUAUCGCACGGAAUAUAAAGCAAACCGUGAUGCGAUAAAAUAAUUGCGUACACAAUUUAUAACGGCGGCCGGUAAAUAAAUUCUCCUCGUUUAAGUCAACGAGAGUCUCGCGCAUUUUUAAUCCGUUCGCUCGUUUCCCUCCCCCACCUCGCCCGAAAAUAUCCCCGCAAAUAUUAGUCCGAGUCAUAAUUAUCAAGAGAUAACUUAAUGAAAAUCGUGCCUCCCCGUGUAUUUACAGAAUUCUCUCGCCGAUUCGCCGAUAAAAAUCGCGUAUAAUCGCGAUUAAAAAUUCAAUUUGAUCGUAUUAAUUAAGGUAAUCACCGUUUUCGCGCAUUUUUAUCCCCCUCCUUCCCCGUUUAAAACAAUUAUCCCACGCGGAAUUAUGGAGGAGACCAGCCCUCGUUUCGGAAUCGAGUCUCCUCGGCGGAGAGGAGGAAGAGGGGAAGAAAGAAAGGAGGGCGAUUCGAGGGAUCGUUGGUCCGUCGAAAAGAAGGAAGGGAGAAGA